AUGACUGAUACUUCGAUUACAAUAACAAAUAAAUCGACGACAUUAAGUAAAAUAUCUUCAAUAACCUCAGCUACCGUGUGUGCUAUUAAAUCUGAUAUACAGGAUGAAAAUUAUGGUGAUGAUAAUGACAGUUUGAAUGAUAUUUCAGUCGAAUCAUCUGUGAAUUAUUACUAUCACACAACAUUUGGAUUUGAUGAAUUAGAUGGUAAUAUUGACGAUGGAACAUUAGCCUCAUCAGUGGCAGUUACAAUGACAACACACCAGCAAACAACAACAUCAUUAUCACAGCAACAAGGAGUAACAACUAAUCAAAUCACUAAAGUUAUUACAAGCGAGUCAACAGCCAAUGAUGGUACAAACUUACCUUCUGAUUAUUUAUCUUCAAAUCUAACAGAUCUACAGCAUGGAGAGGAAAAAGAAAUAUACGAAGGCGAUGAACAGUUUAAUUUCAGAAGUGACGAUUGUGAUUAUGCUGGAGAAAUUGUUGCAGCUGCUUUAAAGCUAUGGUCUCAAUGUUAUUUGGCCAAGAAAACUGUUCUUGCGCAACUCGUUCCUGAAGCUCCGCUAAUCAGUGGUUAUCUGUACCGUCACUUACUGAUUGGACUACAAUUCUUGAGGGUCCUUGUUUAA